UAGGAGCCCGAGAAGGGCGGGGAUAUGUGCCGAAACACAGACACGUGUACAAUGCGAAGCAGGAAGUGCUUCACUCGGUGCCUGUAAACAACAGCAUGUUUCCAGGCCUCAGUCCGCUGGUUCAGGCCCUGCUGGGGACUCUGUUCACCUGGGCGCUGACUGCAGCUGGAGCCGCACUGGUCUUCAUCUUCUCCAGCAGACAGAAGCGGAUUUUGGAUGGCAGUCUGGGAUUUGCAGCAGGGGUUAUGCUCGCAGCCUCGUAUUGGUCUCUGCUGGCUCCUGCUAUUGAGAUGGCAGAGGAAUCUGGGAAAUAUGGAGACUUUGCUUUCCUCCCAGUGGCUGUGGGCUUUGCACUGGGAGCUCUGUUCGUUUAUCUGGCAGACCUGAUGAUGCCUGCUCUGGUGAGUGUUUGGAUGAUUUUUUUGUUUGCAGAUCACAUGCAAAGAUCACAAUAUUCCCAAAUAUAAUAAAACCCAAAGUUCACGAAGCAGAUGUAAAUAUCAUAGUCUGAAAUGAAAGAGUAGGAGUGAAAUGUAUCAGUGUAAUGAAUUGCAACCCAUUUCUUUAUUGUAGAUGUGGAAUAUUCAGAGGUCCUUCCUUAAAAUAGAUGCAUAAAUAAAUAAAUACAUGUAUAUAUUUUUUAAAUAAACAAGUAGA